AUGAAAAUGAAACAAGAAAACUCACCCUCAAAUAUGAAUUCGUCUUCACGUUCUUGUAUAUUUAUCGAUGCUAGCAAUCCAAAAUCUCCGAAUCAAAUUGUGAAUCUUAACUCACAACCUUUUAUCAAGCCAGCAUUCCCACCGCUGGUUAACGUUCGUGAAUUAAUGACCAAACAAUCUUCUGGACGUGUGUCAGUUCGCGGUCCAAACGCCUUCAUCAUUUACCGCAAAGUCUUUUUUGAAACUGCUCGGGACGAUGGCUACCAAUUACCUAUGACUAUUGUUUCGGCAAUGGCUUCUCAAUCAUGGGAACAAGAACCUGAAAUUGUUAAAGAAUCGUAUAGAGAAUUGGCUAAAGAAGCCAAUAAAAUUCGUAAUGAAAUUUCACCCAAAUCUCCUCGACGUAAAAAAAGAGAACAAUGGAAUAUUAUUUCAUUUCAACCAAAUAAACCUCAUAAACCUUCAAAAUCUAGAAAAUCUCCAGUUAUUUCAAAAAUGUCUUUUGACACUACAUAUACCAAGUCUCCUGACUUAGUCGACAAUAACUUCUCCAACCUUGACUCUAAAUUCGAAAUUAAAACCGAUGAUUUUCCAACAAAUGAUUAUAACGCAUUUGUCGACUCAUUACAACAAUUAAAGGACUAUGAAUAUACUACUAUCAAAUACAAUGACGGCGAUUCUACUGAUACAGAUCAAACUUCUUGGCCAGAAUCAAAUGACAUGUUAAUAACAGCCACCGAUUCAGUCAUAUUUUUCAAUAACGAAUCAAUUUUAGAUUCACCAUUAACUUCGCUUGAUGAUGGGCUUGGGAUUUCAGACUAUUCGGACUUUGCCGCGAAUGAAUACAUACUCAUGAAUCCGGAAAAUUCUUCUUAUUUGUUGGAUUUGAUUCCAUUUAUGGAUAAUCCAGGAAUUACAUUUUCGUCGGACGG